UGUGAUUUGAUCUUUCGAGGUCAAAUAACCUGACUAAUAGUUAGGGCUGUUUGCUGUUUUAAUGAAGUUAAAUGGAUGAUAAAUCUUGCGAGGCCCAAAGGCUGCAAAUGACUUUGGCUGAUAAAGGUUCUGUGUUUUCAUCCGAUGAGAUACAAGAUGUCUUGGGGGUCCUCAGAGAGGUCCCUUUAAAGCUGAUAAUAACAAACGUUCCGUCUGAAGUUUUCAAGUACAGUAUUGCACAGGAUUCUUUCGAAGCACUGUUCAAUGCCUUUGAUAGUCAGUCGAAAUUCGUAUACCUUCCAAGCUUUCAAAGAGUUUUGAUCUAUAUGAACAGGCCAGAAGCUGCGUUGUUGGCACGUUUACAGACACAGGGCUGGAAACUUCCUGAACAUAUUUAUGCUAGUAUCCCAGAUAGUUCAAAGCAUAAAAAUGAUGAUGGAAUCAGUUGUUAUAUUGGAAAUUUUGGUGAUAGUGUCGAUUCAGAUGAAAACGAUGAGGAUGAAGAAGAGUGUGACUGUUGUGAAAUUCUUGAGGGUUCUGUUAGUGAUAAUGAUGAAUACCUAGAGGACAAUGAAACUGAAUAUUUUAAAGAAAAUUCAGAUUCUCAGACAGCUUCAGCAGGCAACAGUGGAUUGUCAUAUCGAGAUAUCAGCGAAAUAAGUUCAGUCCAUUCACUUGAAUCUACUGUUUCACCCUCUGUGCCUUUACAAGGUGUCAGGAGUGGUGGUAGUUUCGGCAGUCAAAAAGAGUUGACUGCAGGUCGGACUGGAAGUACUUCUGAUUUCGAAAGUACAAGUGAAGCUUCUGGUGACCCCAAUACGAUCACGCCGUCAUCUGUUAGUGAUGGACAUGUCCGACGCAUACUCUGUAAGCAUGGCAAGAACAAGCGUCGUCGUGUACUUAGUUCAAUGAAGCACUUAGCCCCACCAAAACCCUCUCGGUUAUUUCUACUUUCUCCGCCUUCUUCACCUCCUGUUGGCUGGGAGCCGAAACCAGAAUGUGAACCUGUCAUCAAUUAUGAACUUUUACAAGCCUUAGCAUCAUUAGCACCAGGGGAAACAUUUGAACUGCAUCCACGUGAUCAAGAGAAUCGUCAUCCCAGUAUUGUUAUCACACCAUGUGAAACUGAUUCAGCAUGCAAUAAAAGCGGUACAAAGCUUCAAAUUGUACAAACUAGAUGCCCCGAUCGUAAAUAAUGACAAAAUGGAUGAUAAUGGUGAUGUCCUACAAUAGUGUUGUGAUGAAUACAAGAAAGCGAUAUAUUACCGUCGACGUCUUUCGAUAAAUUAUAUCUACAUGGAUGAAUGCAUAUUCAUACACAAUACACAUGAUAUAAUAUAUAAAUUUUUCAUUUUUCACUAUUUCUUUAAACAGGCAAAAGUGUACCCUUCAUACACAACAUGAGUAUCUGUAUGAAAUUGACCGGUUAUAUAAAUUGCUUAAAUACAUCCGGAUACUCUUGGUUGUAUUGUGUUCUCUGAGCUGGGUUGUUUACUCGUGAAGCUUUCGUCGUCUUUUUGGACGACAUUAGCAGCACCAACUUCAGUAUGAAGAGGAUGAAAGCUUCACGAUUAAACAACCCGGCUCAGAGAACACAAUACAACCAGAACUAUCCAUCUGAACUACAAAUAUUCUCCAUUAUUUCAACAUCUGGAUACUUUUACACCAUCCCUUUCUGCGUAUUUCUAUUUCUCAGGUCCCCCCCCCCCACUCUUACAGGAAGUGAUUAGAAGUGUUAAGUGUAUUCUCGUUUGUUUCAUAUUUUCCCCUGACAGUAUUCAGCCUUUAUUUUGUGUUAACCUACUCAAGGUGCUACUAUUUGAAUGAAUAUUUUUCUGUUUUUUGUUUUCUAUCUUGUAACGACUACUACUACUACUACUACUACUACUACUACUACUACUACUAUCACCGUCACUAGUGAAACAGUGAUACAGUAUUAAGUGUAUAUUUCUGUUUUAUAGCUACUCCUGGUCAUGAUCUCUUUGAAUAAUGUCCUAACACUACUUUUGAUUGUAACAUCUUUUUCAUCAUUGUCAUAACAAGGUAGUUUGUGUUAUAGUUAGUUAUCUUGGAUGUGUCUGCCUCUUUGCAUUAUUAUUCUUUCCUGUUUUCUCUUUUUUUUCCUUUUUAGUCAUUGUUUAUGACUAUUAUCAUACUCAAGGUUGUUUUUUUUUCUUCACGUGUACAUGUUUACUGCUUCGGUUGAGUGAGUAAUUUUGAUAAUUAAGGAAUAUGACAACAGCUAAGUGAUAAACUUAAUGUCAUUAUUCAACUUGAAGAAUUGCAUUUCUUCCUAUUAUUAUUAUUAUUAUUAUUACUUCCACCGUUUAUGUUGUUUUCAUCCUUUCAAUCUUCCCAUAUGCAUUCACACUUGAAUAACUCUUAUGAUUUAUUUCGUUAUAUUCAAUGCAAAAGCUGUUUUUCUUCUUUAUGAUUUCGAAAUAUAUCUGAUGUUAUUUUUCGUCUUC